GUCAAAGUGUUGCUGCCUCUUGUCACAGAGAGAACGGUUCACUUAAAUGCAGCUGCGGUACUUCUGUGUGAUACCUGUCAGAGCCAUUCCCAGUGCGAGGUUGGGUUUGUGACCAUGAUGUCAAGAUUUGUCUGUCUUCUUUUCUGUGGAUAUAUUGCACUAAACCUGGGAAAUACUCAGAAAUUGCCAAGAGUGAAAAGGCAGAGUCUGAAGGUUCAGAUCAAUGCAACAGAUGACACUGUUUGCAUGAGGUAUCUUCGACCAAGUCAAAGCACCAAACUAGAAGGUUUUGUCCUGGGUUAUGGAAGCAACUUCUUUUCUAAUCAGUACAUUCCUUUACCUUCAGAAGGAAAAAACUACAUAACAGAACUUGAUGCAGAGCCGCGGUAUUUGGUUUCAGUAAGACCAGCACGUAUUUCAAACAACAAGAAAUCUUGUUCAGGUCGGAACAAGACACAAAAGCCUCUGCAGCUGGUGGUUGGCACCCUCUCCCCAACCUCUGUAUUUCUCUCUUGGGGCAUCCUAGUCAACCCUCAGCAUGACUGGACAGCAACAAGUAACUGUGCUAGCGACAGCAGAUUCUACACAGUUCGCUACAGAGAAAAAGGUAAAGACAAGAAAUGGGUUUUUCAGCUCUGCCCAGCUACAGAGACAGUGAUUGACAACCUGAAGCCAAACACACCUUAUGAAUUUGGAGUUAAAGACAAUGCAGAGGAUAGUAUUUGGAGCAAGACUUUGAACCAUAAGACAGUUCUCUCAAGUAAAAAAGUAAAUGGACAAAUCCAGAAUAUGUACAAGUUGGUACCCAAUUCCCAAACACAGAUUAUAUUUAGUGAUAAUAAGAAGUUGGUCCCUGUCACAAUAAUCAAACAAAUUAUUCAAAACCGGACACAGUCAAAAGCACCAGAUAGUUCUUCUCUCCCAGGAGCAAUAUUAGUGCACCUUAUUGUUCCAGGUCUCAAUGAAAGCCAGCAGAAACUUCCUCCUCUCCUGACAAUAGAUGACAUACCUCAAGCAUCCAGGAAAAAACUGGCUAAGAAUGAAACUGGAGUAUGGCCUGCUGAAUCCAAAACACCAGAAGUUCAAGAAAUCUCCCCACAGUCCCUUCCAGCUCAGGCUGAGAAAACACACGGACCUGAAGAUUUUAAAUCAACGCCUAAACCCAAAUUGGUGCAAACUCAAAACAUACCGGCUUCUAAUGAAAUACAGCUACUUCCUUCUGGAUCCAGAAUCCCUGAUGCUCCAAAAAGUCCAUUGACAGAACUUGCUACUCAGAGGCCAGCCUUGAAACCCAUAUCUCUACCUUCCGCAGAAACGAGAGAGAUGGAAAAGGCUUUUGAGGAAAAGCAGACUGUUUCUUCAGGAUCCAAACUGCCUGGUACCAUGGAAGUGCAACCAACCCCAUCCGCUUCACAUGACUUUCUUCAUGUUAUUUCUACUCCCCAAACUUUUACAUCCUCAGAAAUACCUGGCACUGAUUUAGGUGAAAGGAAGCCUCUUUCUUCAAGAUUCACAACAUCUGGCAUGCCAGAAGUGCCACCAAUCUCAGCUGCGAGCAAGAGACCAGACCUGGAAUCGACCUCGCCUGCUUCACGGGAAACCACAAGGAAGGCUCCUCGAAGACCAAGGCCGAAGUCCAGCACUCCUUCCUCCCCGGCAACUCAACAAACUGUGAUGGCCUCACAUGACUUUCUUCAUGUUACCUCGACUCCCCAAACUACUACAUCUGCAAAAAUGUCCGAGCAAGAGACUGCUACCCAGGGAUCGGGCCUGAAAAGCACUUCUCAUCCCUCCAUGGAAACCAGAGGGAGCGUGAUGGCUUUUGAUGAAAGUCAGCACAUUUCUUCAGGAUCUGAAACGUCUGGCAUCCGAGAAAUGCCAUCAGCUGCACCUGCUCUCCCGAGGCCAGUUCUGGAGCCCACACCUUUUCCCUUCCUGAAAACCACGAGGACAGUGAUGGUUACUCAGAGGCCAAAGCUGAAAUCUACUUCUCCUGACCUUACAAGCCAAGGAACAUUAGAGGCUCCUCGAAGACCAAGGCCGAAGUCCAGCACUCCUUCCUCCCCGGCAACUCAACAAACUGUGAUGGCUUCACUGGACUCUAAUCAUAUUAGUUUCCUGUCCCAAACUUCUGCAUCUGCAGAAAUAUCAAAACCAGAGACUGUUACAAGUUCAGCUGACCUGGAAAAAUCUCUGCCUCCACUUUCCAGAACACCUCAUGUGCUAACAACAACCGCGGUUUUCGGUGGUAUUCAACCUGUUCUUUCAACUCCUGUGGCACCUAGUAAGCCUGAAAUAGCAGAAGCUGGACCAGCAGCAAGAAGUGAAUCCAUUCUGGAAUCUUUCACACCUAAAACUUCCCGUCCUUUUCAAUGGCCAAGGGUAACAUUAGCUCCAAAAGAAAUACCACUUAUUCCUUCUAAACCGAAACCAUCUGCUACCCCAGAAGUACAACAUGUGAAACCUGCCCCUAAACCACCACUUUUGGAGCCUAAAACUUCUCAGACUGUUGAACAACCAAAAGCAACCCUAGCUCCUAAGGAAGCAAAACUCACUACUUCUGCAUCUAAACCUAGACCAUCUGCCAGACCCCCAAAGCCACGAACUAAACCUGCAGCAGCCAUUCCAGUGUCAGUCACUACUAGGAGUCCCUACACAUAUGAACAUCCAAAGACUGCAGAGGCUCCAAAGGAGACUCAACGUGUUCCUUCCAAACCCAAAACUUCACCCAAACCUCACAUCCCACAAGCCAAAGAUGUCCUGGAAUCUAUAACACUUAGAACUGAUCAACUAAAACCAACAAUAGUUCCUAGAGAACCACAGCGUGUUCCUUCCAAACCUAGAACAUCACCAAGCCCAGAGGUGCCAAGAACAAAACCUGCCUCUAAAGAUACAUAUCACAGGCCUUCCAAACCUAAAACAUCACCCAGUCCACGUGUUCCUCCAACUAGAGCAAGUCCAAAAGAAAGUCGGCGAGUCCCUUACAGGCCCAGGGCAUCACCAAGUCCAGAUGUACCACACACAAAACCUGCUCGUAAAGAACCACAGCAUAUUCCUUUUAAACCUAGAGCAACUCCCAUCCCGGAUGCUCCAUACAGGAAGCCUGAGAUUCUUCCAACCUUUGAUGAACGAGAUGCUACUAUGAUUCCUCAUAUUCCUGACAGAACAAAGGCACCAUUUGCUCCAACUGAAAAACCAUUCAUUCACACCAAAAGAAAAACAACUGAAAGACCAAGAGUGCCAUACACCAAACCUGCAAUAUAUCCGACAACUCCACAACCAAUUAUUACAAAAUCUUCUCCUACCACUGGUCGUUCAAGGGCAACAAUGGCUCCAAAAGAAACACUGCUCAUUCCUUCCAAAUCCAAAACAUCUGUUGGGCCAGAAGUACCACAAACUAAACCUGCUCCAAGGGCAACACACCUGGGAUCAAUUAACCUUGUAACAGUUCAUGUUGUUGAUGGGUCCAAAAUAACUUUGGUUCCCAAUGAAACAUACCACAUUUCACCCAGGCCCAAAAUUGGUCAAGCAACUGAAAUUCCUUGGUUCCAUACAGCACCUCAUAAAACUCGUCUCACUUCUGCAAGACCAAAGCCAUCGGAUAAAUCACAGACCAGACCUGCUUUUACUAAAACCACACUAGCACCAGCCAGAACAAAAGCACCUGGACUGCCAAAGUGGAUUGUGCCAACAACAGAUUACCUUUAUACACCUGAGGCUACUGCAAGACCAAUUGACAUAGAUGUCAAAAGACCUCCAGAACAUUUUGAUCCCUGGCAAAAACCAAUUUCUGUGACUUCAUCACCUGGCCCUCAGCACCCUCCUCUACCUCCUGCCAGGCCUACACAAAUGAGAAGAAAACCUCUGCCUCCUAACACCGUGACUGGUAAACCAGGGAGUCCAGCUAAGCCUGCUGGACCAACACCACCUGUGAGGACAGGAACAUUAUAUAAGACACCAACAGCUUUUGCAACUCCGGAGUAUUAUGUUGAUGAAACUGUCUUCAGCUCAAGUCCUACAUCAGAAACAGAUUCUUCAGGAAAACCAAGGUACCAAGCCCCCCAUGUCAAGUACAUGAAGAAAGAUGAUGAUGUGCCUUGCUCCAUCACAAGCUCUCUCGAGCAUUUUCCUCAAGAAGAAGUUGGCAGCAAGGAAGAACCCACUCGUCCUCCUCAAAAUCCUCCAACCAACCUCACUGUGGUGACUGUGGAGGGCUGUCCAUCCUUUGUCAUACUGGAUUGGGAAAAACCAGACAACGACACUGUUACUGAGUAUGAGGUUGUAUCCACUGAAAAUGGAGGAAGUGAUGGUGAAAAGGAGAAAUCAAUUAUCACGACAAAUCAAACCCAUUCUACAGUGGAAAACCUAAAACCUGACACAAGUUAUGAAUUCCAUGUGAAGCCUAGGAACCCCCUUGGUGAAGGUCCAAGUAGCAAUGUUGUGGCAUUCAGCACUGAAUCAGCGGACCCAAGAGUGAGUGAGCCAAUUUCAAUGGGGAAAGAUGCUAUCUGGACUGAAAUACCAUUCAAUUCAGACACAUAUUCAGAAUGCAAAGGCAAACAAUAUGUAAAGAGGACUUGGUAUAAGAAGUUUGUAGGUGUGCAGCUGUGCAAUUCUUUGAGAUACAAGAUAUACCUCAGUGAUUCACUUACAGGAAAAUUUUAUAACAUAGGAGACCAGAGGGGCCAUGGAGAAGAUCACUGCCAAUUUGUAGACUCAUUCUUAGAUGGAAGGACAGGACAGCAAGAAGACCUACCAGUCAAAGACGGGUUUUUCAGGGCAGUUCGUCAGGAACCCGUCAAAUUUGGGAAGAUAGGCGGGGAGACUCAGAUUAACUACGUGCGCUGGUACGAGUGCGGCACAUCGAUACCUGGCAAGUGGUAGAUGCCACGUGAGGUCGGUGCAGAGGCCCAGCGCAGGCUGCAGGAAGGCAACGCUUACGGUGCGCCCGGCACUUCGGUGUUGGCUGACGAGCGAGGCUUAUGCCAGUCUAAUGCCAAUACUGCAUUAAUUGUGUAAUAGUGUAGGCUGCUUACUGUAGUUAUCCAGUGUUACAAACUUGUUUUUAGAAUAAAAAGAAACACAGGCUAGGGACAUGUUGUAGGAUAAUGUAUAGGGAAGCUGGCUCCCUAUUCUUGAGGUAUGGUUUAUAUGGUAUUUUAAAAGAUACAGUGUGUAUAUUAUUUAUCACGAUGUUGUAAUAAAUGUUUAAGGCACAGAUAUGCCAGAGUUGGUCAUGGAAUGCAGUGUGCGUUAGUUUUUAAAUAUUCACUGGUCCUGUAAUGCAAGUGCCAUAAGCUACCCAUCCUAAUCCACCUGUAACAUCUCCCAGUCGUAAAUUAUAGAAAAGAUCCUAUAACUUUUAAUAUUCUGCAGCCAGUAAACUUGAAGCACUUUCUCCUUACACAUAGUUUAUGCUCCUGCCAAAAUGCCGAGGCAGGUUGCUGUAUGUGCAGCUUUAAAUGAUCAAGUUCAGUGGGGUUUUCUUCUGUGUUUGUUUUCAAAUGUGUCAGCCCCAGCCAAAGCCAUGUUCAGCCUGACACUGUGGAGUAAGAGCCGCUGCCCGUGAGCCUGGCAGGGAGGGCUGGUGCUCUCUAAUUGAAGUGGACAGGUACAUAUGUACAUGGAAUGAAGAAACAAAGCUGGCCUGGCUGGAAUGAAAAACCCAGCUGGGGUUUUUCAGGAAAAUGCAGUUUUCAGAGCCUGACACUGGUUCAAAAGCCAAAUGUACAUACCAUGCAAGGGAACUUGGGAAGACAAAUGAAAGAGGAAAAAGAAUAAACUAGUUAUAACAGCAUGAUCACGUUUAUUUAAAAAGAAAAUUCUGGUUUAUAACAUUUUUCAUUGGGGACAAAGGGGAAAUACUGAUAACUGAACUUUGAAAUUGCUUUACAUUUAUUUUGAUUAAAACCUCUCCCAAAGCUACUUGUUGUACCGCUUGAACAUUUACGAACUAAAUAAAGAGAUGUAGGUUUUUUUAAAGGUGUUAUUCAUUAUCUUACUAAUGUAUUGAAGAAAUAUGAACAGGAACACCCAGAUCUAUAUAGUAGUCAUUUAUAGAAAAUACCUUAUAAAGUACAUUGCAGGUACACUGUACUCCUAAUAAAAUAUUUUUUAAUCAA